AAAUGUAUCGCUUUGUUAUUGGAUUUUCUGUUUUCGAGUGAUACAUAAUAUCUGCCACCCACCAUUAACUGAUCAUUUGUGUUGGCAAAAGCUGUUUCAUCGAAUAAUCUUAAUGUUCAUUUCCCAAUCGAAAAUGAUGUGGAAAAGUUUGAGUUAUUUCGUUUUCAUUCUAUCUUGCUGUUAUCAACCCCAGGCACUCAGCAGUGUGAAAAUAUCGGUUUAUUAUGAAUGUCUCUGCCCGGAUAGCGUUGAUUUUAUAAAAAAUCAGCUGUAUCCAGUUUAUAAGGAUAUUGGAAAGCCAAUGAACAUUGACUUAAUACCGUUCGGAUUUGCAUCGGUUACAAAUAACUCAGGAAAAUUGGACUUUACAUGCCAACAUGGUCCACAAGAAUGCCAUGGAAAUAAAUACCACUCCUGUGCAGUAGCUCUGUUCUCUAAAGAGGCAAGUGCCGAAUUUGUGUCGUGUUCUGAGGGUCAGCCCCUUCCAGCAUCUGAUGUAACAUUGCAAGAUUGUAGCAGGAAAUCUGGUGUAUCUUGGACGUCGCUGCAGAAGUGCUUCAACAGUGGACAGGCCGACAAACUUCUUGCUCAGAAUGGAGUGAGAACUGGAAAUGUUAGCCCGAAGAUAACAUUCAUUCCUACUAUCGUUUUCAAUGAUCAUUUUGACGAGUCACUUCAGGACCAAUCCUUAUAUGAUCUACAUGGGGUAGUUUGCAAAUUGUUGGAAAAUUCACCGAGGUCUUGCAGAGAGGCAGAAGAAAUAGAUGUUGUUAUGGUACCUUGAGGAGAAGAUAUUUUUAAUUGAAUAUAUAUUGGUCUCUGUGGAAGUUUGACAUCAAUCAAAUGAUAAAUAAAUAUUGAAAGUACA